CGACGUGCGUCUCUGUCGCAGACGAAAACGCAUUGCAACGCAACUGUAUUUACCUUAUAACGGUUUCGAUCGAAAGCCGCGCGUUUGAUAGGUACCAAUACAAAACAUACGUACUAAAUGUGAUAAAACGUAUUAUAAUAAAUUCGUGCAAUUCGUAUUAGCGCGAUUUCGCAACGCUGCAGCUUAGAUCGAACUCGAAAGGGUUUCGCUCCCGGUCACGUUACUCUUAGUACCUCUGCAGCUGCGGUGUUAUUAUAAAAACGAAUCGUAACAAUAUCGCUAUAGUCACGACGGACUGCAACGCGACGAUGGAGUGCGCGUUUCACUAAACGGUUUGUCUAGUGCAGCGCGCGAACGACGACGACGCGCGGCGGCCAUCGCAUGUCGUACAUGUCACCGAGGGACGUGGUCGGCGUCCGCGCCGCCGGAAGCAUCAGCCUGUCGCCAGGCAGUUGCAUGGAAGCGCUGAGCGAGAGUUCAGCAUCGAGCGCGGCGGCCGCGGCGGGCGGAUCCGUCACCGUGUCCGACUUUCUGCAGACCAAGCGCAACCUAUCGUUUUCGUCCGAACAGGUGUCGUGCAUGUGUGAGGCCCUCCAGCAAUCUGGUGAUGUGGAAAGGCUGGCCAGGUUCCUGUGGUACUUGCCACCGAACGAACUACUCCGCGGUCAAGAGACCGUCCUCCGGGCCAGAGCCUUAGUGGCGUUUCACAGGAACGCAUUCCACGAGCUGUAUGCCAUACUAGAGAGUCAGAGCUUUGACUCGAGGCAUCACUUGCAGCUCCAGCAGCUAUGGUUCAAGGCGCACUAUCUAGAAGCGGAGAAGAUCCGCGGCCGAACGCUAGGCGCGGUGGACAAGUAUCGGCUGCGCAAGAAGUACCCGCUGCCAAAGACAAUAUGGGACGGUGAAGAGACCGUGUACUGUUUCAAAGAGAAGUCGAGAAACGCGCUGAAGGACUGUUAUUUGAAGAAUAGGUACCCAACACCGGACGAGAAACGAGAACUAGCCCGGCGGACGGGCCUAACGCUCACGCAAGUCAGCAACUGGUUCAAAAACCGGCGGCAGCGCGACCGGACGCCUCAGCAGCAUAGUGAUUUGCUGAGUAUCGGUAGUUCAGACAGCAGAAACUACGAAAUGACUGACAUGCAUGGUGUCAAGUCGAUGUGUUACCAGAGCGUGGCCUCGUCCACGGGCGGCGGAAAAAUGGGUUCUGUAGUGGCAGCUGCGGCUCUCAAAUCUGCCACAGCCACAGCGGUGACCGGAUACCCAGCUUCUGACACGGAAAUGUUCCCGUCUGACUAUCCGUCACACCACCUCCAUCACCAUCACCAUCAUCCUCACCAACACCAUUACAGCAACAACAACAAUAACAUAAACAACAACAACAACAACAAUCAUCUCAGUCACCUGUACCACAAUCAUCAUCACCAAAUGCUCCAGCCCAUACCACAAACUUCGGCCGCAUCGCAUUCAUAAUGAAUUGAUGAUUUUUAAUUAACAUAAUAUAUAUUAUAUUAUUAUGUAAACUAUAUAGCAGUACCUCUAUCUUAUUGUAUUAUUAGGUAAUAAUAUGUAUUUUAAAAACAAAAAAUACAAAAUGGCACAAA